AUCGAUUCUGAUUAUUAAAAUCACUCAAGUGCUAUCAUUUGUGUCUUCUUCGCCAUUCUAGCAACUGGUAUUGCUCAGGAUUUCUCUUUCUUCUUCCUCCGACUGCUCCGUCAUAUUGGGCAUUUCCUGUCUUCUAUUUGCGUCAUAGUUCAUGUAUUAAAUCUCAUAUUUACCCUCUAAUUUGAAUUGUAUUACAAAUGAAGUGUGUAUUAUACUACAUGGAGUAUAUCUAACACAACUGACUUUGGGGCGCACAGAAAUUAUAAACAAUAGUUCGCCCCUGACAUUUGCUUUGGUACACACAGAUGUAUAAUAAAUAAAGUCUAUUUAAACGCUGAGGGUUGCGAAGUACAUGAAAACCAAGAAAUUCACCAUGACUGAAACUAAAAAGCUUCAUGUUGCUUUAUUUCCAUGGCUAGCAUUUGGCCAUAUAAUCCCUUAUCUUAAGGUAGCCAAACACAUAGCCCAGAAGGGUCACAAAAUCUCCUUUAUAUCUACUCCUAGAAAUAUUCAACGUUUGCCAAAAAUCCCUCCAAAUUUAUCAUCCGAUAUACAUUUCAUAAGCCUUCCCUUACCUCAGGUAGACAAUCUUCCCCCUCAUGCAGAGGCCACCAUGGAUAUACCUACCAACAAAACUCCUUACCUUAAAAUAGCUUAUGAUGGGCUAAAAGAACCCUUGUUUCAGUUUUUAAAAACUUCUGCUCCAGAUUGGAUCAUUUACGAUUUUGCCGCUCACUGGCUACCUCCGAUCACUUCAGAUCUUGGCAUUUCUAGUGCCUAUUUAAGUAUUUUCUCCGCUUGGACAAUAACUUUCCUGGCAUCGUCAUCGUCGGCCUUGAUUAACGGUGAUGAUGAACGGACUCGACCGGAGGGUUUCACUGUCCCUCCUAAGUGGGUACCAUUUCCCUCCAAAGUUGCGUAUCGGAUUCAUGAGGCAAAAAGAGCUUUUGAACAUUUCGAAGUAAAUGAUUCGGGUUUAUCCGAUAUGUAUCGUCUAGGUACAGUAAUGGCGGCAGUCGAUGUACUUGCUGUAAGGAGCUGCUUCGAGCUAGAAGCUGAUCAUUUAAAGCUUUUUGAACAACUUCACGGUAAGCCUGUGCUUCCAAUUGGCCUACUUCCGCCGUCAGAUCUGGAUGUUACAGGUGGCGAUGAUGAAACGUGGCUUAAAAUCUGUGGCUGGCUAGACAAGCAAAACAAAGGAUCUGUCAUAUACAUAGCAUUUGGAAGUGAGUCGGAAGUGAAUCAAAAAGAUCUGAAUGAAUUGGCACUUGGAUUAGAGCUAUCAGGAUUGCCAUUCUUUUGGACUCUAAGGAAGCAAGGUAACUCGUUCGAGUUACCGGACGGAUUUGAAGAGAGAGUGAAAGGACGUGGAAUAGUGUGGACGAGUUGGGUACCUCAACUCAGAAUUCUAGGGCAUGAGUCGGUUGGCGGGUUUUUGACUCACUGCGGCUUCAGUUCAAUUAUAGAGGCACUUAAUUUUGGACUCGCAUUGAUUUUGUUUCCCGUCUCAAUUGACCAAGGGUUAAAUGCCAGGGUUUUGGAAGAGAAGAAGUUGGGGGUAGAAGUAAAAAGAAAUGAGCAAGACGGAUCGUUUACAAAGGAAUCGUUGGCCGAGUCACUGAUGCUGGUUAUGGAUAACGAGAAAGGAAAAUUAUAUAGAGAAAGUGCUAACGAGAUGAGGAAGUUAAUUACAAAUAGAGAUGUUCAUAAUGGAUGCAUAGACCAGUUUAUUGAGUUUCUACAAACUCACCGAGUUGGGAGUAGGGAGUAACUUGGUGAUACAUUCUCACGCGGACAGUUGGUGUCCUUGGUGUAUGAAUUCACACAUGUGCUAAUUUCGAAACCAAGAAUCGUUAUGUAUGUAAGAGCAUAUCGAUUGCUAACGAGUUGUGAAAUAAAAGCGGCUGUAGCUGACGUGUUGUGAAAUAAAA